AUGAGGAAAGUUGAGAAUGUAAAGAGAGAAUGUGAACAUAAUGGCUGGUGGUUUCAAUGUAUAUUGUCUUUUUGUAUUGUUUCUUUUUCUGAACUGUCAUUUCAGGAAAAUGAUCUCUAUAACUUUCAUUUUGAUUUGGAUUUGAUGUCUUGGGACUCGGAUCUUUGGAAUAUUACAGGCCAUGCUUAUACAGAUGCAAGCAUGAAGACAGAACCCUUAUCACCAGCUACUUCAAAUUGUUCGGUCCCUUCUCCGUCGUCUGUGGACUCUCCAGUGCAGAAUGUGCCUGAUGAUGUGGACUUCAGCUGUAGCUCCCAGAUGUCUCCCAUCUCUCUCUACAGCAAGAGCUGCAGAAGCCCUGCAUCCCCCGAAGGAGAUGGAGGGAAGAAGCCUGCUGUCAGCAUUACUUCUCGGUCUGCAAAUAAUUCUGCAAGGACCCUGAAGAAGUGUGGUCAGACAGCGUCCAGGCCUUCGAUACAACCCAAACGCCUUUUGCCUGCUGUACCUGAGGCUCAGGCAAACAUUGGCAUCCCAGCUAAAACCAUCAUUAUUCAGACUCUUCCCACGCUUGUGCCACUGCCAAAGCAUCAGCCAGUUGUUAACAUCCAGCCAGCACCUGCUAAAGGUCAAUCAGUGGUGCUCCCCCAGCCCACUGUGGUACAGCUCCAGGCUUCAGGGGUGCUUCCUGCCUCCCAGCCAGUCAUUGCCGUCAGUGGAGGGACCUCGCAGCUUCACAAUCAUAUGGUGAAUGCAUUGUCUCCAGCUGCUGGAAAUGGCUCAACAAGCAGCAAAAUACCAGUGACUAAGCCCUUGCUUCAAAGCACCACACCAGCAAUGGGGCUGGAUGUCAAUGUCUUGAGAAGGCAGCAGCGCAUGAUCAAAAACCGGGAGUCAGCCUUUCAGUCACGGAAGAAAAAGAAAGAAUACAUGUUGGGACUGGAGGCGAGGCUGGAGGCAGCCUUAUUGGAGAAUGAGAAACUCAAGAAAGAAAACAGCACACUGAAGAGGCAGCUGGAUGAAGUGGUAUUAGAGAACCAGAAGCUCAAAGUAUCAUCUCCAAAGAGAAGGACCCUGUGUGUGAUGGUGAUACUGGCUUUCAUAAUGUUGAAUUAUGGUCCACUGAGUGUAUUGGAAAAGGAUCCCAAUGGAGUUGAUUCCACUGCGAGUUCCAGCCACCGGACCAGAAAUCUUCUGGAGUUCUCAGCUAGCCAGGAGUCCAGCACAGCUCAGAAAAUACCUGGGGACAUCAUUCCCGAGAAGAGUAAUAGGUAUGAUCAUUCUGUAUCUGAUAACAAAGCACUGAUGAUAGUCUCGGAAGAACCGCUGUUAUAUAUUUCACCACCACCACCUCCCUGUCAGCCCCUGAUCAACCGGACAGAGUCGCUGAGGCUGAAUCACGAACUUCGAGGAUGGGUUCAUAGACAUGAAGUGGAACGAACGAGAUCUAGAAGGCUGUCAAAUAACCAGCAGCAGAAAGCACGGGUUAUGCAGAGCUCCCUCAGUGAGAAGGCAGAUUCCCAGCUAAUGGCCAUGCCUUACACAGACACCAGCCUCAGCAGGAACUCAGGGAAUGAGCUGCAAGUGUAUUACGCCUCUCCAAGGAGCUAUCAAGAUUUUUUUGAAGCUAUUCGCAGAAGGGAAGAUACAUUCUACGUGGUGUCAUUUCGCAGAGACCACCUGUUACUGCCAGCCACCACACAUAACAAGACCAGAAGACCAAAGAUGUCUAUAGUGUUGCCAGCUGUAAACAUCAAUGAGAAUGUGAUCAAUGGGCAGGACUACGAGGUGAUGAUGCAGAUCGAUUGCGAAGUGAUGGACACCAGGAUCCUCCACAUCAAAAGUUCAUCUGUCCCUCCGUAUCUCCGAGAGCAGCGCAGAAAUCACACCAACACCUUCUACAGCGCGUCUCCCUCCGUCACGGAGAUGCCCCAUGCCCUUAGGGCUAUUGUCAAAUCCCUGCAGUAGCUCCUGAGGCGUAGCUGCGUGGCCCGUGCACCUGGCAUGCAGCAGGUCCUGCUGCCAGACUGAGCCCCUUCGGUGACGGGUCCCCAGGGCUCCUGGCACAUCGGCACAGCAAGGGCAGACGCCGCUUAGCCCAUUCCUGUGCCUGACCCUACCCAAUGGCUGCAUCCUGCCCAGGGAUUAUACAGCUCAGCUGGCCCCUCGCCAAGGACAGGCCUGGGGGAUCCAUGCAGCGUGCGAUGCCAGGUGUCAGGGGUGCAGGUGAUGCACGCUGCUGCAGUCCUGGUGUCAGCAUCAGCAGCUGGUGCACCGGUGGGACACGAGCCAUCCUUGCUACUUAUGCUCUGUCCAUAAUUGUGGGGGGUUUUUUGUGGGUUUGGUGGGGUUUUUUUGGUUUUUGUUUUUUUGGGGGGUUUUUUUGUCCCUGUUAAACCGUCCCCUGAGGUGGGGUGCUGAGCGCUGGGGUCAUGCCCAGAGACACUGCUGCGAAGGCCCAUGCUUGAGAUCAGGCUCCCCCCCCCCGCCUCAGUGCACUCUAGGCAGCAGGAGGAAGCGGUAUCCAUCUCCCAGCUGCAGGUGCAGGGAGAGCUGCAGCCCUGCACCCCAUGCUGGUGUGCUGCACCCCGCCACCCCAGCCCUGGCCCUGCGCCCUGGGAGCAUCCCUCCUCUGCCGGAGUGGCUGUGCUGGGCCUGGCUGGACAGUCCUGCUCCUUGUCACCCCCAUGCACAGCCACAUGCCUGCCCCAAAUCCCUGCCCAUGCAGCCUCCUUGCCAGGAAGUGGUGGGCUGCUGCCCAGGGUUGCAGCAGUGCCGUGGGGCAGCCCAGCCCCAGCCACCCACUGGGUUGGUGGGAACCCACACUUACAGCCAAAGCACUAUGAGCAGAAGGACCUGCACUGCUAUGAAGCGUGGUCUCGCUCCCGGGGGGGGUCACCCUGCCGGGGGAGUCCCUUGGUUGGACCCCGCAAGCAGGGCACCUGGGUGGUACAGGGCCUGGGCUGCCCUCCCAGGCAGUGUGUACGUACAGACGUAUGUGUGUACGAAC